GAAACUUACAACCAGAAGCAAUUUAAAAUAAAUUGAACAAAAAUAAAGCAAACAACCAGAAAUGCAUUUAAUACUAAAAUGCAUUUUCAUUUGAAUCUCAGUCGAGAAUGAUAAUACCAGCCAAGAUUAAACAAAGAAACGAUUUAAAUAUCAUGUUUUAGUCUCAAUCUGUUCCCUAAAAAUGAUUCUAGCUAAGCACAGUUCUUAAAGGGACAAAUCCAUUCAAAGAAUAUAGUUUGUACGCGUCUGAUUGUCAUUAGAAAAGUACGAAAUGUUUAGAAACUCUAAUAUUAGUUCGCAUUUUUGGAAAAUAAUUACGUUCUUAAUUUUAAUAAGCCAAUUUUGGUGCGCUACUCCAGUACAUGUUGAAAAGCGGACAACCCAGUACGAAAUACGAAAAUUUCGAGUACCAGUUGAUCAUUUUAAUUUAGUAAAUAAUAAAACUUUCGAUCUCCGAUAUUUAUAUAACGAUACAUUUGCUGACAAAAGCGAUUCAGCUCCCAUAUUCUUUUACACUGGCAAUGAAGGUGAUAUUGAAUUGUUUGCUAAAAACACCGGCUUUAUGUGGGAAUUAGCAGAAAACCUUAGAGCCAGUGUUAUAUUUGCGGAACAUAGAUAUUAUGGAAAAUCUUUACCAUUUGGUGAUAACACUUUUAACGAUACAUCAAAUCUUGGAUAUUUAUCUGUUGAGCAGGUCUUAGAAGAUUAUGGCAAAUUGAUACAAUCAUUAUUAGCUAAUCAUAGACGUCCCGUGAUAGCGUUUGGCGGUUCAUAUGGCGGAAUGUUAGCAGCAUGGAUGCGUAUGAAAUAUCCACAUAUCAUUGAGGGUGCUUUAGCAGCAUCAGCUCCAAUUUUACAAUUUAAUGGUAUAACACCAUGUGAUAUUUUUUCUAAAAUAACAACAUCAAUAUACACAUCAUACUCAAAAAAUUGUAGUACGAAUAUAAAAAAUUCUUGGAACUUAUUCAGAACAUACUUUUCAAAAGAAGAUGGAAAAAAAGAACUUAAUGCAGUUUUUAAAUUUUGUGAUCCAUUAAAACAAGAAGAAGACCUUAAUCAUUUCCUUGAUUAUUUAAAUGACGUUUAUGAAAAUCUCGCAAUGGCAAAUUAUCCAUACGAAAAUGAUUUUCUUUCUCCAUUACCUGCAAAUCCUGUUUAUCAAUUUUGCACAUUGUUGGAAGACUUGCACGUAGAUAAAGAGCUUUUGCUGGCGAUGCACAAAGCAAUUAGUGUAUAUACUAAUUUUACAACGACUUUAAAAUGCCUUGAUUAUAAAUCAGCAUUUGACACCACACUUGGAGGAAUGGCAUGGGAUAUUCAAACAUGUAAUCAAUUGGUUCUACCCAUGUGCUCUAAUACAAAAGAUACUAUGUUCCCAAAUGCAGAAUGGAACUUUUCAAAAUAUUCUGAUGAUUGUUAUAAAAAUUUUAAAAUUCGUCCUGAAUUAAAUGACAUUACAUUUAGAUAUGGUGGUAAAAACUUGAAGUUCACUUCUAAUAUUAUAUUUAGCAAUGGACUUCUGGACCCAUGGAGUGGUGGUGGAGUUUUAGAAACUGCAAAUAAUGAUCUCAACGUAAUAAUAAUUCCUGAAGGUGCACACCAUUUGGAUUUACGCUCUUCAAAUCCUGCUGACCCACCUUCCGUUCAAGCAGCUCGAAAAGAAGAAGAAAGAAUAAUUAAGCGAUGGAUAAGAAAUUAUUAUUAGCGACUAAAUUUAUUAAGGCAUCUCAGACAUGAAAUGUUUUAAAAUUUUUGCUGAUAAUAAAACUAUUUUUUCUUCCAGCAUUACUUUGGCAGUAACGAGUAAAUAAUAUUUUAGUUUAUUUAGUGUUUGUAAUACUGUAUAUAAAAUAACUAAACGAUUUGAGUACUGUUUUCGCUGAAUUGAACUCACUCCAUGGAUCGAGUCGUAGAAUAAAUUUCAAAUACUGUAU